GGUCACCCUCUGGCCCUCUUCCAGGCCGCGCCUCCUCGCCCCGGCGGCGGCCCGGCGCCAUGUCGGGGAAGCGGAAGCGCGUGGUGCUGACCAUCAAGGACAAGCUGGACAUCAUCCGGAAGCUGGAGGACGGGGCCUCGCCCAAGCGGCUGGCCGCCGCGUACGGCAUCGGCGAGACCACGGUCCGCGACAUCCGGAAGAACAAGGAGAAGAUCAUCAGCUACGCCAGCAGCUCGGACUCCACCAGCCUGCUGGCCAAGCGCAAGUCCAUGAAGCCGUCCAUGUACGAGGAGCUGGACCGCGCCAUGCUCGAGUGGUUCAACCAGCAGCGGGCCCGCGGCCACCCCGUGUCCGGGCCCAUCUGCGCCAAAAGGGCCGAGUUCUUCUUCUACGCGCUGGGCAUGGACGGCGACUUCAACCCCUCGGCCGGGUGGCUCACCCGCUUCAAGCAGCGGCACAGCAUCCGCGAGAUGAACAUCCGGAGCGAGCGGCCGCGCGGGGACCAGGCCGCCGUGGAGGACUUCUGCAGCAGCUUCCGGGCCUUUGUCCAGCGGGAGGACCUGCAGCCCGAGCAGAUCUACAACGCGGACGAGACCGGGCUGUUCUGGAAGUGUCUCCCCGCCAGGACUUCCGGCGUCCGGGGGAAAGGCUCGGCCCCCGGGCGCAGGUCCUCGGAGGAGCGGAUCACCGUCAUGUGUUGCGCCAACGCGACGGGUCUGCACAAGCUGAAGCUGUGUGUGGUGGGCGGAGCGAAGAAGCCGCGCUCCUUCAAGGCCGCGGACACCGUGAACCUGCCCGUCUCUUAUUUCAGCCGGAGAGGUGCGUGGAUGGACCUUUCCAUUUUCCGACAGUGGUUCGAUAAGAUCUUCGUGCCACAGGUUCGAGAGCACUUAAGAUCCAAAGGCUUGCAGGAAAAGGCUGUGCUGCUGCUGGGUAAUUCGCCAACGCACCCAAAUGAAAACGUCCUGCGGUCAGAGGAUGGCCAGAUCUUUGCCAAGUAUUUACCGCCCAAUGUGGCUCCACUGAUUCAGCCCCUGGACCAGGGGGUCAUAGCAGCGACCAAGAGGAACUAUCGGGCAGGCCUUCUGCAGAACAAUCUGGAAGAAGGCAAUGACCUGAAAUCAUUCUGGAAGAGGUUAACUCUGCUGGACGCACUUUAUGAAGUAGCCAUGGCGUGGAACUUGGUGAAGCCGGUUACCAUUAGCAGAGCUUGGAAGCAGAUUCUCCCCACCAUAGAGGAGAAAGAAGGGUCGGUCUUUGAUGAAGAAGAUAUUUCUGUGGCUACUGUGGCCACCCUUUUACAGCAUACCAGAGGACUGGAAAGUCCCACCACUGAGAACAUUGAAAGAUGGCUUGAAGUGGACAGUACUGAGCCAGGUUAUGAGGUGCUAACCGACACUGAAAUCAUCAAGAGAGCCCAACAAGGCCAGACAGAUGAAUCCAGUGAAAAUGAGGAGGAGGACACAGAACUGGUUCCAGAGAAGCAUAUAGACCAUGCAGCUGCCCUCCAGUGGACCGAGAAUCUAUUAGAUUACCUAGAACAACAAGGCGACAUGAUUCUACCCGAUAGGCUGGUCAUACGUAAACUCCGAGCCACCAUCAGAAAUAAACAGAAGAUGACAAACUCAAGCCAGUAAUGACAUUUCAAUUUCAUCAUUGUUCCGUAAAUGGUAUUUGUGAUCAUCACUAAACACUGUGCUUUUUUUUCUUUGUGUUGUGAGUUUUCACAACAGUCCUGUGAAAUGUAUCUGAAAUAGUUUGAGAAUUAUGUGUUUCAUAAUGUGUUUUGGCCCUUUAUUUGUAUACAUGGUCAGGAGCUAAUUGGUAUGGGUGUAAAUUACAUGUCUGUGUCUGUUCAUUUUUGUAAAUCAGCAGUCAUCAUUCUGUCAGAGUAACAUUCCCCAGACUCUCUAGCAGAAGUUAGAGAUAGCAGGGUGCUGGCGGCUCUCUGCUGUUGGAAUCAUAGCUACUCAGGGGGCUGCCAUCUAGGAAGACGGCAGUUUAAAGCCAGCCAGGACAGAAAAAUCCAAGAGAUUAUAUUUCUAAACCUGUAGACAAACUGGUCUGGGAGUGUGGUUUAAUUGGCAGAGUGAGAUAGGAGCAGAAAAACCUGGGUUCAAGUCCAGUGUAUUAGCACCAAAAAAAGAAAACAAACGAA